AUGGCAAACAAAGCACAGCAGCCUCCUCACCUGCACCUGGCCGAGGUCACUGCGUCCCAGUUCCUUGACAUUUGGAAACAUUUCGACACUGACGGUAAUGGCUACAUCGAGGGGAAGGAGCUAGAGAACUUCUUCAGGGAGCUGGAGAUGGCCCGGAGAGGAGCAGGGGUGGACCCUUCAAACCGCACAUUCAGGGAAAAGAUGACGGAGUUCAUGCAGAAGUUUGACAAGAACAAAGAUGGACGAAUUGAGAUGUCAGAGCUGGCCCAGAUUCUCCCAACUGAAGAGAACUUCCUGCUGUGCUUCAGACAGUUUGUCAGCUCCAGUGCUGAGUUUAUGGCGGCAUGGCGGCGAUAUGAUACAGAUCGCAGUGGCUAUAUUGAGGCAAAUGAAUUGAAGGGCUUUCUGUCAGACCUGCUGGAAAAGGCUAACAGACACUACGAUGACCAGAAGCUGCAGGAGUACACACAGACCAUACUCAGGAUGUUUGAUCUGAAUGGAGAUGGGAAGUUAGGCCUGUCAGAGAUGGCAAGGCUUCUCCCUGUUCAGGAGAACUUCUUACUCAAAUUCCAGGGUGUCAAGUUGACCACUGAGCAGUUCAAUGCCAUCUUCACAUACUAUGACAAGGAUGGGAAUGGCUACAUUGAUGAGCAGGAGUUAGAUGCCCUGCUACGAGACCUUUACCAGACAAACAAGAAGGAAGUGGACUUUAAGAACCUAACGGGCUACAAGCAGAGCAUCAUGAGCCUGUCUGAUGGAGGGAAGCUCUAUCGUGGCGAGCUGGAAAUUGUCCUCUGCAGGGAGCCAAUUGUGUGACUCUUUCUCCUCUCUUGUUGCAUAUCAUCGUUUUCUCUGCCUGCCCUGCCCUGCUCCCCUGAGACCACACCCACUUCCAGCUGCCUGGCAACGUAUACCAGGUGCA